CUAUAUUUUCUUAUUUUCUGUGACAUUUCGUUGCAAAUCCUUCUGUAGAUCUGUAAGUUAUUAUGUCUCUUGUGCUAGAAUUCAUGGCUUUGCGCUGCGCACAAUGCGUUGAAUUUUAGUGUAUGUUUAGAAUUGUGUGUGUGUGUGUGUGUGUGUGUGUUUCUUUUUGAUUUUGGUAAUCCUUGUUACUUGAUUUCUCGUUGCUUGAUUGGAGAGGUUUCAGAGUAGCCGGAUCUUGCUCGUUUUAGGGUUGGAUGUAUUGGAUUAGAGCUUGCGUAGUUGGGGGAAGUGGUAUUGAGGUGCAUUUGAUCGAUUAGGGCUGGAUCUCUCGGUCUAUAUACUGCGGUUUUAGCUGUAAUCGAAUUGGUUGAGGUGAGAAUUCGGAUUUGUUCUUCGGGUUUGGUGUGAAUUUGGGGGGGGCGUGUUUAGGGUUUAAAAGAUGGCUCCCAAUCCUCCUCCAUUUCAGGUGGAGGAUCAGACAGAUGAAGAAUUCUUUGAUAAAUUGGUGGAAGAUGAGUAUGUGGAGGGCGAUGAUUCAGGAUCCAAAUUCCUCGAUGGAAAUGAUUCUGACGAUGCCAAGGCGUUUUCUAAUCUGAGUAUGAAUGAUGCAGACAAUACAUUCAAGGAUUCUGGUGGUGUUGGUGACCAUGGGCAUGAAGCCAUAGGGGAGAAGGGCUUCGUGGAGGCUGAUCCAGGGGCAUUGGGAGCACAUGCAGAAGAGAAGGCUGCUUUGGUUUCUUCUAAUUCUGUAGGGGGUAAUGAUGAUUUUGGAUCAGAGUCGACCUCCGAUUCGUUGGCGGGCAAGAGCGGUGAAUCUGGUGGUCCGGCCAUAAAGGAGGUAGGAUGGAGUUCGUUUCAUGCUGGUUCAUCGCAAAAUUGGGGGCAGGGGUUUGGAUCAUAUUCGGAUUUUUUCAAUGAUUUGGGUAACAAUGACGCAGGGCCUCUCAGUGGAUCCUUGGAGAAUAAUUUGAAUGGUGAAACGAUGGUUAAAUCUAGUGCAGAAGAGAACCAUGCAAACAACUCUGUUAAUUAUGUGCCAUAUCAAAAUGAUCAUCAAGUUUAUGAAGGAUCCACAGAUCAAAAUGAUCAUCAAGUUUAUGAAGGAUCCACAGAUCGAAAUGAUCAUCAAGUUUAUGAAGGAUCCACACAUCAAGUUUCGGCUGAGAAUGAUUUGAGUAGCAGUCAGCAGUGGGAAGAUCUCUAUCCAGGGUGGAAAUAUGAUUCGGUUUCGGGGCAAUGGUAUCAAGUAGAGAACUCUGUUGCAGUGGCGAAUGUCCAAGCUACCUUUGAUAGUAAUUUGAACGGCGAAUGGCCUGAUGUUUCUGCCACAAAAACAGAGGUGGCAUAUUUACAAACUGCUCAGUCUGUUGUUGGCACUGUAACUGAGGCUAGCACGACAGAGGGUGUUUCUAACUUGAAUCAUGUAUCACAAGGAAAUACUGGGUACCCCGAACAUAUGUAUUUCGAUCCUCAAUACCCCGGUUGGUAUUACGACACAAUUUCUCAAGUAUGGUGCUCCUUGGAAUCCUAUAAUUCAUCAAUUAAAACAACUAAUGAAGCUCAGCAUAAUCAAAACGAGCAUGUAUCAGCUUAUAGCUAUAAUUAUAGCAACAGUAGUAUGUACGGUGAUAAUGUGCAGCCUAACGAUUAUGGAUCGAGCGAUGUGAAUAAUCAAGGCCUAGAUGACAAAUUGAUAGGGUCUCACCAUAAUGAAAAUCAACAGAGUUUGACUAGCUGGCCAACAGAAAGUGUUUCAUCUCAGGCUGAGCCAACUUUUGGUGGAAAGCAGCUAGUGGAUACGUCUUCGAGUCCUGAUUUUUCUGUAAGAAAUGAGCAGCAGAAGUCUAUUAGUUCUUAUGGAACAGUUCCAUCAUAUUUCCAACCAAGUCAGGGUCGUAGUGACGUCAAUGGACCUACCAGCUUAAAUAGCUUCCCCUCAACUAUGGAUUAUGGUCAUCAGGUUCAUCGGGAAAAUUCGAAGGAACAUGAACAUGUGUCUCUAUCGAGUGACUAUUAUAGCAAUCAGAAACAGGUGACUAAUAUUCAACAAUCUUUUCACGGAGGUCAUCAUCAGUCUUCUUAUGCUUCAAAUGUUGGAAGAUCUUCUGCUGGACGUCCUCCACAUGCAUUGGUAACAUUUGGAUUUGGAGGUAAACUUGUAGUGGUGAAAGAAAGCAGCUCGUUUGGAAACUCAACUUAUGGUAGUCAGGAUCCUGUUGGAGGCACAAUUUCUGUCCUGAACAUGAUGGAAGUUGUCAUGGGUAACACUAAUGCCAACGCUAUUGGCAAUAAUGUUGGUGCAAGCGAUUACUUCAGUGCUAUCUGCCAACAUUCCUUUCCUGGUCCAUUAGUUGGUGGAAGUGUGGGGAAUAAAGAGUUGCAGAAAUGGAUUGAUGAAAGGAUUGCAAAUUGUGAAUCAUCAGGAAUGGAUUACAGAAAAGGCGAAGCAUUGAGGCUGCUUCUUAAUUUGCUUAAAAUAGGCCAUCAGCAUUACGGGAAACUCCGAUCACCAUUUGGCACAGACACUGUGUUGGGGGAAAGUGAUAAUCCAGAAUCAGCAGUUGCCAAUCUUUUUGCUUCUGCCAAGGAGAAUGGUGUGCAAUUCAAUAAUUACCAUUCGCUUAGUCACUGCUUGCAAAUAUUGCCUUCUGAAGGACAAAUACGGGCAACUGCUUCUGAGGUUCAAAGUCAUCUAGUAUCUGGUAGAAAAAAAGAGGCUUUACAAUGUGCACAAGAAGGUCAGUUAUGGGGACCUGCCCUUGUUCUUGCUUCACAGCUUGGCAACCAGUUUUACAUUGAUACUGUAAAGCAAAUGGCUCUUAAGCAAUUGGUACCUGGAUCGCCUUUGCGGACCCUAUGCCUGCUUAUAGCUGGGCAACCAGCAGAAGUCUUUUCUACAGUUACGACGCCUAACAUCAAUCCUCUGGGUGGUAGCAUGACUCAAAACUCUUCACAGUUUUCUGCAAAUAGUAUGCUGGAUGAUUGGGAAGAAAAUUUAGCAGUGAUAACUGCCAACAGGACAAAAGAUGAUGAACUUGUAAUUAUUCACCUUGGAGACUCCUUAUGGAAGGAAAGGAGUGAGAUAACUGCUGCUCACAUUUGCUAUUUAGUUGCCGAGGCGAACUUCGAGUCAUAUUCAGACAGUGCUAGACUCUGUCUUAUUGGAGCUGAUCACUGGAAAUUUCCUCGUACCUAUGCUAGCCCAGAGGCUAUCCAGAGAACUGAAUUAUACGAAUACUCCAAAGUUCUUGGAAACUCUCAGUUCAUCCUUCUACCAUUUCAGCCAUAUAAGCUCAUAUAUGCAUACAUGUUAGCAGAAGUGGGGAAAGUUUCAGACUCAUUGAAGUAUUGCCAAGCAGUUUUGAAGUCACUUAAAACUGGUCGUGCACCUGAAGUUGAAACAUGGAAGCAGUUGCUGUUUUCUCUUGAGGAGAGGAUUAGAGCCCAUCAACAGGGUGGAUACACAGCAAAUUUGGCCCCCGCAAAAUUAGUCGGGAAACUGCUCAACUUUUUUGACAGUACCGCACAUCGUGUUGUCGGGGGCUUGCCACCUCCUAUACCAUCAACUUCACAUGGCAAUAUUCAUGAUAAUGAACAUUAUCAUGAGCCAGUGGUCCCGAGAGUAUCAACUAGUCAGUCAACAAUGGCGAUGUCAUCGUUAAUUCCAUCUGCUUCAAUGGAGCCCAUAAGUGAGCGGACUGCCGAUAGCAGUAAGAUGACAGUUUCAAACAGGAGUGUUUCAGAGCCAGAUUUUGGAAGAACUCCAAGACAGAAUCAGAUCAGUUCUUCAAAGGAAUCAAUGUCAGCUGAUAGUCAAGGAAAAACAUCAGAUUCAAGAGCAUCUCGUUUUACUCGUUUUGGUUUUGGUUCACAAUUGCUUCAAAAGACUGUUGGAUUAGUCUUGAGACCUCGCCUGGGUCGACAGGCGAAAUUGGGUGACAAGAACAAAUUUUAUUAUGAUGAAAAGCUGAAGAGAUGGGUCGAGGAAGGUGCCGAGUCUCCAGCAGAAGAGCCAGCCUUACCACCACCUCCUACAACUACAACAUUCCAGAAUGGUGGUGCUGAUUACAACUUGAGAUCUACACUAAAGAAAGAAGCACCAUCCCAUGAUGGAAAUGUGGAGUUUGCAAGUCCCAAUCCUAUUCCUGCAGAAAAUAGUUCCGGAAUCCCCCCUAUCCCACCAAGUUCAAACCAAUUCUCAGCUCGAGGACGGAUGGGCGUUCGUUCAAGGUAUGUUGACACCUUCAACCAAGGGAGUGGGAGCUCAGCAAACUUGUUUCAGUCACCUUCCGUUCCAUCAAUUAAGCCGAAGGUUGCUGCCAGUGCGAAAUUCUUUGUUCCAAGUCCCGCAUUGCCAGCCGAACCGACAGAGGAGACUAUACCGGAAUCCUCUCGGGAAGACACCACAACCAUUGAACAUCCUUCAACAUCCACCACCAACGAUUCAUUUUCUAGUCCCUCAUCAACUAUCCCUAUGCAAAGGUUCCCUAGCUUGGGAAACAUCUCAGUGAAGGGUGCAAAUAAAAGUGUCAAUGGGCCCUUUGCAACAGAUAACUCCCGACGAACUGCAUCAUGGAGUGGUGCAAACUUCAGUGAUGCCUUAAGCCCCCCUCAUAAACCGACGGGGCUUAAACCUCUCGGCGAAGAAUUGGGUAUGCCUCCAUCCUCUUUUAUGCCUAGCGAACCACCACCACCACCUUUCAUCCAAGCACCAAUUACUGGCGGUGGUGGCAUGGGAGAUGACCUCCAUGAGGUGGAACUUUAAGUAGUUAACAUGUAAAUACGAAGUUUUGUUCCUUAGUUGACCCACACAGAUACUCGAAUACAAUCGUCGCGCCUGCAUCUCUCCAGCAUAAAAAGAUCGGUCGUCGUAUGCACCAGAAUAUAGAGUUCAUCAAAGCAAGUCCUCAGCAAGUAUGUGCCCUUUUUGUUUUCUCUGAAAUCUCUUUGUUCCCAACCCUGAAAUUUACGAACACAAAUAUAGUCCACAAUCAUCUCUAUAUGCUUUAUAUGCUUUAGAUGUGAGUUCAUUUUACUCUCCUAGGAGUUACCAAUGUAUGAUACUUCUGGAGCUGAUAUUUUACAUUAAAAGCAAAGACAGAAGGCCUUUGUUGGCACCAUUGUACAGCUCUUUUGUUUAUUAA